AUGAUAUCUAAUAAUGAGCCACAUGUUGAUUUUCGUAAUUUUAAUGUGACAAUCCCAGAUGUAGAAACGACUUAUUGGUGCACGAGAUUCGAGCUACCGUCUGAGAUUGUGAAGAAACCUCAUCACAUAAUUCGAUUUGAUGGCAUCGUCUCACCUCAGAGUGAAGGUGUCGUUCAUCACAUGGAACUAUUCCACUGUAAUGUACCGCCUGAGAAAGAAGUGCCCAAAUUCAAUGGGCCAUGUACAACCGAACAAAAGCCAAUGGGUCUGACGGAAUGUCGUCGAGUCAUCGGUGCUUGGGCGCUUGGUGCGGCCAAUUUCAUUUACCCAAAAGAGGCAGGAGGGACUAUUGGCGGGAGAGCGCAAUCAAGGUAUGUUGUACUCGAAGUUCAUUUUAACAACCCUGACUUGAAAUCAAACAUCAUUGAUCAAUCGGGUAUUCGCAUCUACUACACACCACAACGUCGUAAAUAUGAUGCGGCUAUAAUGGAAGUUGGCCUCGAAUAUAACUCCAAAAACAGCAUACCACCGCAUCUUGCGGCGUUUCGUCUAUCGGGCUACUGUUUAGGCCCGUGUACAAAUGUGGGUCUACCCGAAACAGGUAUUACAGUGUUCGCCUCUCAGCUUCAUACUCAUAGCACCGGCGUUCAAGUGUUUACUCGUAUCAUUCGCACAGAUGGCAAAAUCGAAAUACUAAACAUUGAUCGACACUACAGUCCUCAUUUUCAAGAAAUCCGCAUUCUUCAGAAACCGAUUCAAAUCUAUCGAAACGACACAAUUCUUCAUACGUGCAUAUACAACACACUCCGACGCGAUGACAUGACAUUUGGCGGCUAUUCCAUCCACGAUGAAAUGUGUGUCAACUAUAUGCAUUAUUAUCCGAAAGCCGAGCUAGAACUAUGUAAAACAUCGGUAAAUGAUGCUUCGUUAAAUGAAUUCUUUUUGGCUAUACACAAAGUGGAUUAUGCGCUAACUGAUACAACGCAUAAGACAGUGGAAGAAAAUUAUGAAUCGAUAAGAUGGACGCCACUUACAAGCGCUAUACUUCAAACAUUUUAUGAAGAAGCACCGAUUCACCUAUCGUGUAAUGGCAGCAACGGAAAUUAUUUACCUGGAGGAAACUGGGAUAUAUACUCUGCUCAAGAACCUCUACAACGAGAUGUUGUUUUACCAUCCAGGUGUCAUCAGUGA